AUGAAGGUAGAGCAGCUGUUUCAAGAAUUUGGCAACAGGAGAUCCAAUACUCUUCAGUCGGAUGGCAUCAGCAACUGUGAAAAGUCCUCUCCUCCUGUUUCUCAGGGGAAGAGCUCCGAAAGCCUGAACACGGUGAAAUCCAGCAGUUCAUCCAAACCGUUGAAAGUGCUGCCGCUGACUCCCGAGCAAGCUCUGAAGCAGUACAAACACCACCUCACUGCCUAUGAGAAGCUGGAGAUCAUCAGCUACCCAGAAAUCUACUUCGUGGGUCCAAAUGCCAAAAAAGACAAGGAGUUAUUUGGUGGCCCCAAUAACGGGGAUAUGAUUGACGCGGACGGGGCCUAUAUUCAUGUGCCUCGAGACAAUCUCGCUUACCGCUAUGAAGUUUUGAAAAUUAUCGGCAAGGGGAGUUUUGGACAGGUAGCCCGUGUCUAUGAUCACAAACUGCGACAGUACGUGGCCCUAAAAAUGGUGCGUAACGAGAAGCGUUUUCAUCGCCAGGCAGCUGAGGAGAUCCGGAUUUUGGAGCAUCUGAAGAAACAGGAUAAAACUGGUAGCAUGAAUGUUUAUCCACAUGCUGGAAGUUUCACCUUCCGGAACCAUGUGUGCAUGGCCUUUGAAGCUGCUGAGCAUACCCUGUAUGAGCUCAUCAAGAAGACAAAGUUCCAGGGCUUCAGCGUCCAGCUGGUCCGCAAGUUUGCCCAGUCCAUCCUGCAGUCCCUGGACGCCCUUCACAGAAACAAGAUCAUCCACUGCGACCUGAAGCCGGAGAACAUCCUCCUGAAGCACCACGGGCGCAGCGCGACCAAGGUCAUCGACUUUGGGUCCAGCUGCUUCGAGUACCAGAAACUUUACACAUACAUCCAGUCUCGUUUCUACAGGGCCCCAGAAAUCAUCCUGGGCUGCCGCUACAGCACACCCAUCGACAUCUGGAGUUUUGGUUGCAUCCUUGCAGAACUCUUGACAGGACAGCCUCUGUUUCCCGGCGAGGACGAAGGAGACCAGUUGGCCUGCAUGAUGGAGUUGCUAGGGAUGCCCCCACCGAAACUCCUGGAGCAAUCCAAACGUGCCAAGUACUUUAUUAACUCCAAGGGCUUGCCUCGCUACUGCUCUGUGACCACUCAGGCAGACGGGCGGGUUGUACUUCUGGGGGGUCGCUCACGCAGGGGUAAGAAGCGAGGCCCCCCAGGCAGCAAAGACUGGGCCACGGCACUGAAAGGUUGUGAAGAUUACUUGUUCAUAGAGUUUCUGAAAAGAUGUCUUCAGUGGGACCCCUCUGCCCGCCUGACCCCAGCGCAAGCAUUAAGGCAUCCUUGGAUUAGCAAGUCUGCACCCAGACCUCUCACCAUAGACAAGGUGUCGGGGAAACGGGUCAUUAAUCCUACAACUGCUUUCCAGGGACUGGGCUCCAAGCUGCCUCCAGUCGUUGGAAUAGCCAGUAAGCUUAAAGCUAACCUAAUGUCAGAAACCAGUGGUAGUAUACCCCUGUGCAGUGUAUUGCCAAAGCUGAUUAGCUAAUGGACCGCUCGG